AUGGAGGCCACUCUCUUCUCUCUCCCCACCUCCCGCCCUCCCCCGCCGUCCUCCGCCGCCAUUUCCCUUAAAAGCCACUUUGUAAACCCCCUCGUCACUUCCGCACCCCGCCACCAAACCAGAUUCCCCCCCAAAACUCCGUCCCUCCCCAAAAUCCGGGCCACCAUCAGCCGCACCACGAAAGAAGAGACAAUUGAGAAGGUGAAGCAGGAACUCGAGAACUGCUACCUCAUCGCCAGCAUCGGCUACAAGGGCUUCACCGUUCAGCAGUUCAAGGAACUCAGGGACCAGCUUCCGGAAACUUCCAAGCUUAUAGUCGCCAAAAACACCCUCGUGUUCAAGGCCAUCGAGGGCACCAAAUGGGAGGCGCUGGAGCCCUGUAUGAAAGGCAUGAACGCCUGGCUCUUCGUCCACUCCGAGGAAAUCCCGGCGGCUCUGAAGCCGUAUAGGAAUUUCCAGAAGGAGAAGAAAUUGGAUAAUGAUUUCACGGGUGCCGUUUUCGAGGGUAAGUUCUACGGGCCAGAGGAGUUCAAGUCGCUGGAGAAUUUGCCGACGCGGGCCGAGAUUUAUUCGCAGCUUUUGGGGGCUAUAAAGGGACCAGCUUCUGCUGUUGUCGGGACAAUUCAGGCUCCUGCUAGGGAUUUGGUUAUGGUGCUUAAAGCUUAUUGCCAGAAGCUUGAAGAAGAGGGUGCUGGACAAUAA